AGCCAGGCUGCCUUUGAAGACAUCACUUUACAGGGUUCUUGACAGACUGGUAGCAAUCCUGAAAGGAGGAAGCUUCGUAUCAACUAUUCGCCUACUCACACUAAUACACUAGCGAACUCAUCUAUUUAAGGUUCCUGUAGGCCGGUCUCUGACAUGAAGCUGUAUUUGCUGGUUUCUGCGUCCGUCCUGCUUGUUGCCUUCUUUCCGCGUCAUGAAUGUAGAGCAAUUGAAAGCCCGGGAGCUGUCCACUCCGGACCUGACGACCAGUCUGAUCUUUACCAGCAGUCUCUACCCAUUUUGCUGCGACUGGGAGAGGAAUAUUUCAUUCGACUGGGCAGUGCCAAUCAGAAUCCACCACCGUCCACUGCAAUCUCGUCCGCCGGCGCAUCAUCUUCUACCAUCAACAGAGCAAUGCAAGUUCAACUUACCCAGCGUCUUUUGCAAGGCAAUUUUGGGAGCAUCAACCGGUUCCUGAGCAGCUAUGGUGACCACAAGGAAGGUACAGCGGAAAAGGGAAAGCGUUCAGAGGAGCCUCCCAUUUCACUGGAUCUGACGUUCCAUCUCCUUCGUGAAGUGUUAGAAAUGGCACGAGCUGAGCAGUUAGCCCAGCAAGCGCACAGCAAUAGGAAAAUGAUGGAAAUCAUCGGGAAGUAAAUGGGGGAAAAUAAAACAAGUUGCCAAAUACAUUUGCCAUUUAGCGCAAAAAAAAAAAAACCCAAACAACAAAAAAAACAUAUUAAGUAGCAUAGUGCUGUUUUCCAUUGUUUUUAGGUUUUUUUUUUUUUUUUACAGAUGUAAGUUUCAAAGUGAAAGUGCAGAGGAAUUUUAUUCCGUUUGAUUGUGUUCAGACUGUAUCACAAAUGCAAAGAAAAUUAAUCAUGUAAUUUGUUUAUUUGUAUAACUUGUAACAAUACGAAAACAAAACAUUUUACACAUUCUCUUUUCACUUUGUUUUUUUCAUAAGAAUACCAAUUGAUAUCUUUUGAAGUAGAUGAUUGGAAGAUAUUUCAACGAUUCCGUUUGCGGUAUUUCAUAAAUUGAUAUAUUCAAUUUCACUGUACUUUACCAUGUUUUAAGUUUGAUAAUAAACAUAAUAUGAGCAACCACUCAUUUUGUUUCUGUUGUGCAAGAUAAUGUCGAAUAUUUAUAUUUUUUUGAAUAAAAGCGUCAAUAUAUGUUUA